AUGCCUCGACUUUGCCUGGCUUUCUUCCUCGCCAUCAACGUUUCUUUUCUCUUUGGAAGUACAAUAGCCUCUCUAGACGCUGCAUCAAAAUGGUCAAAGUCGCUAUCGUCGGGGGUACUGGAGGUAAGUUUCAUAUUCUUCCUAAUCCUGGACCCAAGCUUGAGCUCAUUCCAUCCAACAUCAGGGCUCGCCCGAGAGGUCACCGAUACCCUGCUCGCAACAAAGAAGCAUGAGAUACUUCUGCUAUCCCGCCAGGACGCUCCCGAUACUCCUCAGCCACCGUCAACCAAAUGGAUCAAAGUAGACUACAGCAACGUCGAUGAUCUAGCAAACACUUUGAAGGGCAUUCAUACCCUCCUAUCAUUCCUCACACCCCAAACCGACGAAAACAACCUCGUCCAAAAGAAUCUCAUCGACGCAGCCGUCAAAGCCGGCGCAAAGCGUUUCGCACCCAGCGAAUGGGUCGGCUCCGGACUUCAACAUAUGGAAUGGUAUUGGGGAAAACAAGCCAUCCGCGACUACCUAGCCGAGAUCAACCACGAUCAAAAAGUCCUCGAGUUCUCCCUCUUCCAACCCGGCUGGUUCACCGAUUACUUCGCCUAUCCCAUGCAAUCCGCAAAAUCCUUCCGCUCAUUCCCCGUCUGUAUAUCUUUCGAACACUGUCGAGCUUUCUACGCCGAAGGCUCCGAAUCCGCUCGCAUCACUCUCACCACAGUUUCAGAUUUCGCGAAAAUCGUCGCUCAAGCUGUUGGGUAUGAGGAGGGUCCAUGGCCGGAGAUAGGAGGGAUCAAAGGGACGGAAAUGACGGUGAAGGAAUUUUUGGAUGUCGGGGAGAGGGUUAGAGGUCGAAAAUUCACCAUCGAGAAACUCAAACGUUCUGACUUGGAAAAUCACAACGUCUUUUGCUCUUGGAUCCCGGAAGUCGAGCAUAAUAAGGGUAUAGGAGAUUGUGAGAAGAAUCUCGCCGACAAGUUGAAUGCGAGUGUUCUGCUGAGUAUCGCAGACGAGGAUUUGAAUGUUGGGGAUGAGUGGAAUAGAAUUUUGCCGGGGUAUGAAUUUGUUGACGCCGAAAACUUUCUGAACGAGAUCUGGAAUGGGAAGUAA